AUGGUCGAGAUCCACGACUGUGCGGCGGAGACAGAGCCUCCGCCGAGCAGCACGGCCUCGGAGCAGGACGCCCCGAGCGACGACGAGGUCAUCAGCUACGCGGACCUCAACCGCCGCAUGUGGAAGGACCGCAUGCGGAUGCAGAAGAUGAAGGCCACCGCCGACGAGCCAGGCAAGGCGGAGAAGCUCGAGCUCUCCCGCCGCAAGAAAAUGUGCCGCGCCCAAGAUGCCGUGCUUAAAUACAUGGCCAAGAUCAUGGACGUCUGCAAGGGCCAGGGCUUCGUCUACGGCAUCGUCCCCGAAAAGGGGAAGCCAGUCACGGGGUCUUCUGACAGCCUCCGUGGCUGGUGGAAGGAGGAGGUCCGCUUCGACCGCAACGCCCCCAACGCGAUCGCGGACUUCCUCCCCCAGGUGGCCGCGGCCGCAGCCGCCAGCCCGGACUCCUUCAUGCACAUGCUGCAGGAGCUCCAGGACACGACGCUGGGGUCGUUGCUGUCUGCGCUGAUGCAGCACUGCGUGCCGCCCCAGCGCCGCUUCCCGCUGGAGCGCGGCCUUGCACCGCCGUGGUGGCCGCGCGGGGACGAGCUCUGGUGGGGGGACCAGGGUGAGGCUGCGCACGAGCACGGGCCGCCCCCCUACCGCAAGCCCCACGACCUCAAGAAGGCCUGGAAGGUCAGUGUUCUCGCUGCAAUUAUCAAGCACAUGGCCCCGGAUUUGGAACGGAUGAGGAGGCUCGUCAACCAGUCCAAGUCCUUGCAGCAUAAGAUGACUGCUAAAGACACCGCCACGUGGGCGAAGGUCGUGAACCAGGAGGAGGCCCUGGUUAAAUUAACCCAGAAAUCGCUCUGUAUUUCUGAUGAGGAGGAGAGUGAGGGGUCGAUGAAUGCGAAUGAGAAGCGGCCGUGUGAGUUUGGGUCCGGGCGCCGGGCUGGGAGGUCGGCGGCGGAGGCGGGAUUUGGGGAUAGUAAUGAGGAUGAGAGGAAUAGUAUUUUGCAGGAGUUGAAUCUGUGUGAUUGGCUGGAGAUGCCGUUGAUGGAGAAGAACAGUGUUUAUGAGGUUGACGGAGAGAGUGGCGGCGGCGGUGAGGCUUCUGGGAGUUUGUGGACCAUUGAUGAGAUCGAGCGGCUCGGGUUAGGGCCCGCGGUUUACGGGGAUUUGGAACCGGCGGGUUCGGUUUGGGACAUGGGGUAUCAUGACAUGGUAGAUUGA